CAUCACUCUGUCAUUUUACACAAAGCAAAAAUCACCAUUCACUAUAUUCAUUCUCUGUCUUCUCUUCUUUCUUUUUUUUUUCAUUUGUUUCAUAUUCUAUAAUUUGGAUUCUAUCUUGUCUCUGCUCCCAGUUCGUUAGGAUUGUGGUUUGUAAUGAAUACCAGCUUCGUGUAUCUGAUUAAGGUAGAACUAUUCACUGCUAAGGAUCUCGUUAGUGCAAAGUUAACUGGCAAACCGGAUCCUUAUGCUGUCAUUACAUGUGGCAAAGACAAGCGAUUCAGUUCCAUGGUCUCGAGUUCAAGAAAUCCAAUGUGGGGCGGGGGCGAGGGUGAGGUGUUCAAUUUUUCUGUUGAUGAACUUCCUGUCCAGAUCAAUGUCACAAUUUAUGAUUGGUAUAAAUGUCGGGAAAAUGCUGUUCUUGGUUCAGUGACUGUUCUAGUUGAAAGUGAAGGACAAACUGGUCCGGUGUGGCAUACUUUGGAUAGCCCAUCAGGGAAGGUUUCUCUUCAAAUUGGAACAGAAAAACUAUCUGCAAAUGCUUCUAGGAUACAUUGUUGUGGAGGAGCCACUGUAGUCCAUCAAAAGCCAGGGCCUCUUCAAACUAUAUUUGAUCUUCCUCCAGACGAGGUUGUUGAUCAUAGAUAUAUUUGUGCACUUGAGAUGUCAUUCUUGUACCAAGGUCAUUUGUAUGUCUCAGCAUGGCACAUUUGUUUCUAUUCCAAUAUAUUAAAGCAAAUGAAGGUGGUUAUUCCAUUUGAAGAUAUAGAUGAGAUUCAAAGGAGUGAACUUGCAUUGAUUAAUCCUGCUAUAACAAUUAUUCUUCGCAAGGGUGCUGGUGGACAUGGUGUCCCUCCUUCCAGUCCUUUGGCAAGUGCUGAUGGUAGGGUCGGAUAUAUGUUUGCAUCAUUUUGGGACAGGAAUAAAGCAUUAGAGAAUCUUCAGCGUGUAUCAAAGAAUUUCAAUGAAAUGUUAGAAGCUGAGAAGGAAAAUGCAGAGCCACAGCUGUGUGCGCAUAGCAGUUCUGUACCGGAUAAGGUUCUUGAAGAUAGCAUGCCAAAACUGGAAAACUUAAACCUUUUAUCAAAGAAGAGGCUUUAGUUGGUAUGAACAAUGACUGCUAAUUGGAAAGUGAGCAUAUACUACAGUUCCUGCUAGAGAAGGUGAAGCCUUUGGCAGCUGAUUGAGAAUAACCCUUUCUCUGGCGUGCUCUGAAAUUUGGACAAGUGAAUUAAACUUUCCCUGGUUGAGUGACCUGAAUAACAUAAAAUGAUAAUAAGUCAGUUUCAUAUAAUUCUAAGUUUUGUGACAAUUGAUUUCAAUAUGACGGUUACCUUUUCCAGAUUUUGUUGCAGCUGUAAAAUGACGUAUUAAGUGUAGUCUUGUAAUGUUUUAUUAAUGGUUACAAGCAUGUUUCAGAGCUUAUAA